UCGCUGAUCAUCGUCGUAUAACAAGUUCCUAAAAUACACUUUAUGCCACCAAGCACAAGCUGAAGAUUUUCUAAACAUCUACUGAUCAAUAUAUAAAACAUGGCUGUGGUGGCCGCCAUGGGUACCACCAUAAUCUUCCUUUCAAGUUGCGGAUGCCUAUACCUUCUUUUGCUUUUCAUCAACUUCUUUAACAAAGCGUGGUGGACCCCAAUUCGCAUACAAUCUGCCUUGCAUUCACAAGGAGUGAAAGGCCCUUCUUACAGAUUCCUUCACGGAAACUUGAAAGAGAUCAUCAACUUGAGAAAAGAGGCUAUGAGCAGUCCCACGGAAUUAUGCCAUCAAUCCUUCUCUAGAAUUCAACCUCAUGUUUAUUUAUGGAGCAAGCUGCAUGGGAAGAAUUUCUUUUGGUGGAAAGGUAGUCAAGCACAAUUGGUAGUCUAUGAAACAGAACAGAUUAAAGUAGUCUUGAAUAAUAAAGAUGGAAAUUACCUCAAACCUGAGGUGCAACCUUAUUUAAAGAAGCUCUUUGGGGAUGGACUUGUGACAACCAGAGGUGAAAAAUGGUUUAAGCUGCGCAAAGUGGCCAAUCAUGCUUUCCAUGGAGAGAGUUUGAAAGAUAUGAUUCCGGAAAUGGUUUCGAGCGUGGAGAUGAUGCUUGGGAGAUGGAAAGAUCAUCGAGGCAAGGAGAUUGAAGUAUUCCAAGACUUCAAGGUCUUAACAUCAGAAAUAAUUUCCAGGACAGCUUUUGGAAGCAGCUACUUGGAAGGGCAGCAGAUAUUUGAAAUAUUGACGAGGAUGGUUUUCAUUUUCUCCAAAAACCUUUUUAAGAUGAGAAUUCCUGGAAUUGGAAAACUUGUUAAGACACAAGAUGAUAUUCAAUCAGAAAAACUUGGCCAACUCAUAAGAAACAGUGUCAUAAAGAUGAUAAAGAAAAGAGAGGCGGCAAUGGCAGGUGAGAUAGAUGGUUAUGGAAGUGAUUUUCUUGGACAACUAGUGAAGGUUUAUCGCAGUGCUGAUAUGACAAGCCGGAUAACAAUAGAUGACUUGAUUGAUGAGUGCAAGAACUUUUACAUUGCUGGACAUGAGACAACAACAAGUGCUCUUACAUGGAUUGUUCUAAUGCUAGCAACUCAUGCAGAUUGGCAAGAAAAAGUAAGGAAUGAGAUCCUUGAAUUGUUUGGCCAACAGAAUCCAAGUCUAGAAGGCAUUUCAAGAUUGAAGACUAUGAGCAUGGUUAUCAAUGAAUCUCUAAGGUUAUAUCCCCCUGUCGUCGGUCUCCUACGUGAAGUAAGAAAAGGAACAAAAUUGGGAAAUCUAAUCAUUCCAGAAAAGAUGGAGGUCCAUGUUCCCUCUCUAGCUCUCCAUCAUGACCCUCAAAUAUGGGGAGAUGAUGUUCACCUUUUCAAGCCUGAUAGAUUUGCAGAAGGGGUGGCUAAAGCUACUAAAAAUAACAUUUCUGCAUUCCUGCCAUUUGGUAUGGGACCUAGAAAUUGUUUGGGCAUGAACUUUGCAUAUAAUGAAAUAAAGAUUACACUCUCAAUGGUUCUGCAGCGGUACAAGAUCACCCUAUCACCUAAUUAUGUCCAUUCACCAGUUCUCGUUCUUGCAAUAUGCCCACGACAUGGACUUCAAGUCAUGAUCAAGGCAGUGUGAAAAACAGAACAAAAGAUACCAAGUUGGGCAUGUGCUUGUGUGCAAGAUUUUAAUGCCAUGGAUGGGUACGCGAAAUGCCUCAAUAAUCAUUCAUUUCAUCGACUUGUGUAUUCCCUGUAACCCCUAGAGAGGAUACAACUGGUGUGUCUGUAAAUGACAUGUAUAAUGACGCAUUCUAGCUCUAAAAGAAAGAAAAAGUGUUCCGCUUCUUAGGAAGUGAAUGAAAACAGAAAAGC